CACAGCUGCAUCUAAUUCUGGUGAAAAAAUAGUGGAACAAAGAGAACAAAAAGCAGGAAACGAGUCCCAAGAAACCAAAGUCACUGCACAGGAAAACACUGAAAACAGAAGACCAAAGACAGGUUUCCAGAUGUGGCUAGAAGAGAACAGAGCAAACAUUUUGACAGAUAAUCCUGAUCUGAACGAAGCAGAAGUAAUAAAAGAAGGCAUGAGUCGAUUUAGAAUGCUGACAUCAGAGGAAAGGAUGGUGUGGACUGAGAAAGCAAGAGGAGGAAGCGUUGGUGACUCAGCAGAAGACAAAAAGCGAAAGCGUCCCACAGCUGAGGAAGAUGAAGAGAAAAAGAGCCAGGAGCAGAAAUCCGAGGACACAAAUGUAUCCAAAAAAUCCAAGCCUUUAGAUCCAUCCACAAACAACAGAUUGUCAUCUUUUGCCUUCAAGCAGAGCUAGAUGAAGUGAUGCCUUCUCAGUGUCUGUGUUCUGAAAGCAUUCGUGGAAGAAAUCCCUCUGUGUUGAGGAAUUGGCUGCUGAGCUCGAGGAGCACUGGCAAAAAGAGUGCCUGGCUCCAAAUAGUCUGUUAGAAAGUGUUUUAUUAUGAAUUUUUGAAAGGAAUGCUGAGUUCCCUCUCACAGUCUUUUACAAGUUC